AUGCGCAACUGGGGGCGUACGGAUGUGGACGCCAUGUACCUAUGGCUUGCUGGGCGUUUGUGGGGCAUAGCAUCGAUGUCACUCUUCCAGACAUACAUGCGCAGUCUACAUGGGCAUCUAGAGCGCCAGCAUCCGAGUGGUAGUGUAUACUUACACAUGUACCUCUGUGACGGCGCCUCAACGAGAUACGAGAAGCCAUACCUUGGCUUUGAACAGAGGCGAGCGGAAAGACUUGGCCAUGACGUUCGGUUGGGAUGUUGUGCUCUCUCGCACAAUGGGGGGGCUGCUGGUGGCGAGACGCAUGUUGGCAUUCUAAUUACCAUUUUCUUUCUUUUUUUUCUCUUCGACCUGCUCCGGGAACAACAACACCGUUUUCCCCAAGUAGUGCAAUCUGCCGACGAUAAUGGUGUGCUGCUGCGAGUCGUCCUCAUCAACAGCACACUGCGCCCAACUCGCGCCUCUCCCGUCUUGCCACGGCGCCCGCCGAGCCAGCCGUCGGCUCUGUCGGCAUGGUGUGCGCAACCAGCUGCUUGCCAAUGUCGAAAUCCAUCUCUUGCCUCCUCUGCGCAACGGUCCAGUGUUGCCGACAAGCAAUCCGUCGCUGACCGAGCAAUCUUCUUCCGCUCCCCCUGCCAAGGCGAGGCAGCCAAAUGGCGCAUCCAGCCCGGCUCUGCAUGUUUCGUCCUUCUCCGCCGCCGCCCAAAGGGGCUAGCGUAUUGCCAAGAGCGGCUCCAUCCCAAUCUCUCAAUAGCGGCUGUGCUGGAGGAAGGCCAGGAUGCGACUCAAGGCUGGCCGACUAAUGCUUGCUUCUCUCGAUACGGCGACCCUUUCCAAGGCCAUCUCCCAUCCCCAAUCCAUGGUUCAUCGCACGCUCCCACCGCCAACAUCAUCAUACCGCAGAGGAAAAAGCAGCAGCAACGACAAUUCCUCGAGCCCUGCAGUCGACACCUCACACAGGGCUCCAGUCCCAACCGUCCAGCAUGA